CGCAUCUUUGUAGUCGAUCAUACAUAUAUGCAUUAGAAUGUCACACACAUACUGUUAUGUGCGCGGGUACCAUUAUGAGUGACCAAAAGUGAGCGUUGCUCCGCCACCACCGCAGUCUAUGUACGUAUUUCAGUUGUGGUUGCAUUCUGUAUUAUGAGUGCCGGGAAAGGUUCGAUUUUUAUUUUAUUGCUCGUUGGCGCGAUAAUCGGCACCUUUUUUGGAAUAAGCGCAACAGAAAGCAACAACGGGGAAAUCUGGGCGAAAGCUUUACCACAAGUAGUCCCUUCAGAAAACGAAUGCAGGCCGUACAUAGAAAAAGCUAUUAAACAAUUGACUACCGACGGUUCUGCAGACGGUCAUAUAAAUGACAAUGAUGACAAUUCAACGGACGAGAAUAAAGAUGAGGGACCUGCUGCUUCGCCGGAUGCUGAAAAUUUACCGGACGAUAGCGCUGAUUCGACUGAUCAACAAAGUGAAGAAACGCAAGCUGGAACUGAGGAAGAAUCAAAAACCCCAGUAGUCGAAGUAUCCGAGAUAAGCGAAGACGGCGAAGAGAUUCUUGUACCUAAUGAAGACAGUAACGAUAAUCAAAACGAAAAACCAGACGAAUCCGAACCUCAAGAAUCUGCUGAAGCUGCCAACACCUCAGCCGAAUCAAAAAGUACAUCCAAUGAAGAAUCCUCUAAAGAAAGUGAAGAGAACAAGGUAGCCGAAGAACCUAACGUUGAAAAUGCAACCGAAACGAAAGAAUCGUCCGAAUCAAUAAAAGAACCAGCUGUAAAUGCGGUGGAUUUGAAUGAAGAAGGUCAAACCGAAGACGAAACAAAAUCUGAGGAAGAUACCGACAGUAAGAAAACUAACGUUGAAGAGAAAAACAGCAAAGAAGAUGAAAAAUCUGCUACGGUUGAAGACACUAACGACGCAGCAUCUGAAGAAGAGAAAUCUAACGAUGAGAUCACCGAUGACGACGAUAAAAAUUCCAACGAAAACAACGAUGACGACGACGACGACGAUUCGAUGCCUGAAGAAGAAUUAAUAAAAGAUAGAGAGAUACCGAAAAAACUUAGAAAUCGAGACCACAUCGAUACCACUCUGCAAAUUGAAAAAGAAGAAAGCGCAGCAUCAGAUAAGCUGAAAAAAUUAACAGAUACGACCUUAAAGGAACUUAAAAGGUUAUACGAAAACGCCAUUAAACCAAUGGAGGUUUUAUACAAAUAUCGUGAUCUCAGCAACAGACAUUUUGGCGAUCCAGAAAUAUUUUCGAAACCUUUAGUACUAUUCAUGGGUCCGUGGAGUGGAGGAAAGUCGACAAUUAUUAAUUAUCUUUUAGAUAACGAAUUCUCUGAUACAGCUUUACGAUCAGGUGCAGAACCAUCGCCAGCAUAUUUCAAUAUAUUGAUGUGGGGAGAAAACGACACUGUAUUGGAUGGAACCCAAUUAGCAGCCGAUUGGACGUUUUCUGGCUUACAGAAAUUCGGUCAAGGGUUACUAGACAGGCUGAAAGGAUUACAAAUUGCACGCCCUUUACUAGAAAAAGUGAAUAUCGUAGAAAUUCCCGGUAUUCUGGAGAUACGAAAACAAGUAGAACGCAUGUUUCCAUUCAACGAUGCGUGUCAAUGGUUCAUCGACCGAGCUGAUAUAAUAUUUUUAGUAUACGACCCAUCUAAAUUGGAUGUAGGUCCCGAAACGGAAGCGAUAUUAGAUCAAUUAAAAGGAAGAGAAUACCAGACGAGAAUAUUACUCAAUAAAGCAGAUCAAGUUAAGGCCGAGGAGCUCAUGAGAGUACAAGGAACAUUAGUGUGGAAUAUUAGUCCUCUGAUGUCGAGUAUUGAGCCUCCAAUAAUGUACUCCACAUCAUUAUGGUCACUUCCGUACGAAAAAGGAUCACCAGCUAAAUUACUUCAUGCGCAAGAAGUUGCAUUUUUGAAAGAUCUACGAACAGCCAUCGAAAAAAGAGUGGAAAAUAAAAUUUCUAGCGCUCGAAGAUUCGCGGUACGAGUGCGCAAUCAUGCCAAAAUGGUGGACUGUUAUUUGACAACAUAUUACAAUCAUAAAUCAUUUUUUGCGAAUAAGAAGAAAAUAAACGACGACAUCAUCGAGCAUCCACAAAAUUACCACAUCUACGAAGGAUUAAGUACUCUAACAAAUAUUUCCAGAUACGAUCUGCCAGAUCCCGCCGUAUAUAAAGAUUUCUUCAGAUUACAUCCAAUAUACGAAUUUCAAAGGCUGUCAGAUACGUGUACAUACUUCAGAGGAUGUCCUAUUAAUCGAUUGGACAUCGCUAUAGCCUAUGAUUUACCUGAGCUAGUGGGCAAAUACAAGAAAUCAGUAGAGAGUAUUUUAAAUAGUAAUGACACGGUGGUGAAAAAGACGUAAAAGCAAAAUGUGAUAAGCUCAUAAGUUCCAUCUAUUUAAAAAUUUUAAAAAAUAAUUAUUUUCCAAGUCUUUGUAAUGUUGUGUUCUAACAUUGUUAACGUGUACAGUUCUAUGUAGACAACGAACAGCUUUAAGCAAGGUUUAUUUGUUUCUUAUCGAACCACAAACGUACAGAUAGUAAAUAGAUCCAAGUUGGCGGAAUUCGUGAUAAUUAACGAUUAAAAUACGUCCAACAUCAAUUAAGCACUAGUCUUUUUCUUUAUUGUUAAGAACGUUCUAUUUUUAAGUUAUUUAUUAUUUUGUUUUUUGGAACUUUUCUCAAAAUUAUUACUCAUUACACGUCGAUUAGUUGUAUUCUUGUUAUCAUUAUGUCGUAGUAUGAAAUAUGAAAUUACUGGAUAAUAAAUGUUUUUUGUUAUA